CUUCAUUCCCUUUUCAGUUCAUAUUUUAUUUUCACUAUUCAUAUUUUUCCGGAUAAUUUUUGGUGAUGCAUUGUAGUGAAUCCUUUGAGUUUGAGAUUUUCUUAGCACAAAUUUAAUGGCUUUGCUUAAUUUUUGCUUGUAAUGUUUGGAUCUGAUGCUAGAAAACGGAAAAUGAUUUAGUUUCCAGUGAAUGUCCAAAUUGUUGUAUUUUGUUUGUUUGGUCUUCAAUAUACCAGAAUGUUGUCCUUCUGAAACUCUCUGUUUGGUGGAUAAGAAAAUGAGAGUACGGUGAGGACAAAAGCAGGCUUUCUGCCUCAUUUUUUCUAUCUUACGAAAGACAUGAAUCUCAACUUGGGCUGAGCAAGCGGAAAAUUUUGAAAUUGGAAGGUGUAAUCUACCAUUUAGUUCUGGAAGAUUAGUGCUUCUGCAAAAAUGGUUCUGGGUCUGAGUGCCAAGAACAAGAGAGGUCCAUCAGUUCAUGUUGAUUAUUUGAUCCACAUUCAGGAGAUUAAACCUUGGCCUCCAUCACAGUCCUUGAGGUCUCUUCGAUCCGUCCUGAUUCAAUGGGAAAAUGGUGAGCGAAAUUCUGGUUCUACCAACACUGUUGUCCCUACUAUAGGAUCUGUUGUUGGUGAGGGAAAAAUUGAAUUCAACGAGUUGUUUAGAUUGCCUGUGACUUUGUUUAGAGACACAUCUGUUAGAAGCAGGAGUCGUGAAGUGUUCCAAAAGAAUUGCUUAGAAUUCCACUUGUACGAGCCUCGGAGAGAUAAGAUUCAAUUGUUAGCAACUGCCACCAUAGACUUGGCUGACUAUGGUGUUGUCAAGGAGAGCUUAAGCGUAAAUGCUCCAAUGAACAGCAAGAGGAGCUUCAGUAAUAUAGCUCAGCCUAUUUUAUUUAUCAAAAUCCAGGCAAUUGAUAAGGGUCAUAGUGGCUCCUCGUCCAGGCUGGGUCUGUCCAGAGAGGUUUCUGUGGACAAAAAUGGUGGAGAAUCUGUUUCUGCUCUGAUGAACGAGGAAUAUGCUGAAGAAGCUGAAAUUGUUUCUUUCACAGAUGAUGACGUCUCCUCGCACUCGUCUUUAAAUACUUCUUCUAAUUUUGAUUCGAAUAUCAGUUUUUCUGCUCAAAAUGAAGAGAACAAACGAGUCACCGGGGUUAAUGGUGCUAGAGGGAGUAAUAAGGAAAAUUCUUUAUCUUCAAAGCUGGGGCAAGAAUCUUCGAAUAUGGUGCCCGAGAUGGUAUCGUGUGAAAAUCAAAAGAGGACUUCAUCUUGCUCGUCAUCAGUGGACUUAAAUUCUGAACUUGGGAGCCCAGUAAAUGCUCGUGCUUCCUCUUCCAACGAUUCUAAUGCUAGUUCUAUAUCAGUCUCGACAAAUGUUAGUGCCUGUAUUGCUGCUCCUUGCUCCUUAUCCUCGGGUAACGAAAAUACAGAUGAAGAGGCCCAAAUCAAUACGAUAAGCAAUGGCAAUGGAGAUUUUCUUGAUGAAGUUCACAAUGAAAUUUCAAAUGGCGGGCUGCCUGCCAAAGUUGAUGAUGUACAGAAAAUUGAGAGAAGUACAUCAAAAUCAAUGGAGAAGCUGGGUUUUGCUAAUGCUGGUUAUUCCCAAAUCAAUGAAGAGGAAUCCUCGGAAGCGUCGGACAGAAAGAAAGAAGAAAAUGGCCCAGGGAGACAAAACUUAGACGGGGAAAUGCAUUAUAUUGGAGAUGAACCAGUAGAUGUUUCUUCUCAAGAUUCUAGCCUGAACCAAAUUUCCUUGGGAAUUGAUAUGCUUGCUUCUGGCAGAGGGGAUCUUGGAGUAAAGGGAAAUAUCCUUAAAAAUGAAAGAUUAAGGCAUGUGAAAUCUGUUCGGUCAUCAUCAGACUCAGCUCGAAACAAUGGUUUUGGUAGUAAUAACCAGCACUCGGAAGUGAAGGAGGUCAGUGUUUCAGUAGAUGCUCAUAAUGAUGCUGGAAGUCUCAGGAGCAAUGAAAGAAGAGAU